ACUCAUGCCAAGCGGCGUCGCCGAAGGAAAGGUGAACCUACAAAGGUAAACAAUAAGAACUAGACGCGCGUUCACCUGCGAUGCGUUCCCACCACUACAACAGACGCCAACCACCGUAGCAUCCAACUAUGGCAAGCACCAACAUCGACAAGGUCCCGUUUAACGUCGCGGCUUUUAUAGCUGCGCUGUUUUUGAUGGAACAUGGUGCUGACAAGUUCAUCCAGCAUACCUCAGUGGUUGCGAGGAGGAUCGGGGUAUCAGCGGCGGUCGUAGCACUCCUGACGGCUGGCACCGAAUGGGAGGAGUUGGGAGUUGUGGUUGCCGCUUUGGGGCUUUCCAGGCAGUCUUUGGCACUAGGAAAUGUUAUUGGAAGCUCUAUUGCGAAUAUCCUGGGAGCUUUCUCUUUGGGACUACUGUUUAAAUCAAGUCUGGGAGGAAGCGAGGAUGACGGUGAAACGGACUUUGAUCGCAGCUCGAAGAUCUACUCCCUCCUUCUUCUUGGACUAACGGGUGUUGUCAGUUUGGUUCUUUUCAUCUCCCCAGAGCCUUCUCUCAUAUGGACGAUUUCUGGGGCUGCUUUCCUCUUUAUUUUUGGAGCCUACGCGGUAUCGAUUAUUUGGGCCAUCAGUAAAGGAGGAAUUCGACCACCCGAGGACAACGACUCCGACUCAGACUCUGAGGCGUCUUCACAAGGCAGUUUCAUUGAUACACGUCCAUUGCUCGACCGCACUCCACCUCCGACUCGGCCAAACUCUGUAUCACCUUCGCCUCCACCUGCUCCUACCCUUCGACAUGGACUUCAAUACCACAUCGUCCACCUAGUUAUCGGGUUUCUGGCGCUCUCACUCUCGUCAUAUAUUCUCUCUCACGCAGCGACGAACAUCGUCGACGAAUUUGGAGGCUCGGAUUACCUCUUUGGUAUCAUCGUUCUUUCAAUCGCGACUACGCUUCCUGAAAAGUUUAUUGCACUGAUGGCCGGCAAACGUGGGGAGCUUGCAAUCCUGGUUGCGAAUACAGCGGGCAGCAACAUAUUUUUGCUCAGUCUGUGCCUGGGAAUUGUCAUGGUGGAUGCGGGACGAUGGGGCGAUAAAUAUGAAGGGCAAGGGUUGAAGAGGAUUGAGAUUGCAGUGAUGCUAGCUUCUUCAGCUCUGUUUACCGGACUGGUUUGGUGUGGAAGACGGCUGGGGCAAUGGUCAAGAUGCAUUGGAGUGAUUAUGGUGAUGGGGUAUAUCGGAUUCCUGGUGUGUGAGGUUUUCGUUCUAAGGAAGACUUAAUGCUCAGAUCUAAAGUUGGUCCGAUGAGCCUCAUAAGUAUUCUCAAAAGGCAUGUACCCGUAGAUUCACCAUGUGUCUCAACACUUAAGUCAUAAAAU